AUGCUGAUGGCACAUUCCAAGAGCCUGAGACUUGUUCUCACGGCGUCGGUAAUUUUUCAAUUCUUCUAUUUGGCGUGGGCGCAAUCGACAUGUUCAGACACAUCGGACUGCGCCCAGGGCUGCUGCAGCACCAGCGGUUACUGCGGCUUUGGGCCUUCCUUCUGUGGUGACGGAAACUGCACAAGUUCUUGUGAUGCGAUUGCCGAGUGCGGGCCAUAUGCUGCUGCUGACAGCUUUGAUUGCCCCCUCAACGUCUGCUGUUCCCAGUAUGGAUACUGCGGAACAACCUCUGACUUUUGCGGAACGGGCUGUGUAGCAGGAUGUGACGAUGUCGUUGAGCCGUCAUGCUCCGGAUCCUCAAGCGACAAGAGAACGAUUGGAUAUUACGAGAGCUGGUCGUAUACACGGACAUGCGAUUCCUGGUCGCCCAGAAAUAUGAAUGCUCUUCUUUGGACACAUCUCAACUACGGAUUUGCCUUGAUCGGAGAUGACUAUACCAUUUCUCAGAUGAAUGACUUUGACGCAGAGCUAUAUCCCUUGUUCACUGGGCUUAAAGAGCAAAACGGAGCGCUGAAGGCCUUCAUCUCCGUAGGGGGCUGGGCCGCUGGAGGAAAGAUCUUCUCGGACAUGGUGAGCACGGCUACUAACCGUGCCGUGUUCAUUAAUUCUGCCCUCCAAUUCAUGAAAACGUAUGGAUUCGACGGCAUUGCUGCAGAUAUUGACUGGGAAUACCCUGCGGCAUCUGACAGAGAUGGCGUGGCAGCUGAUACAGCAAAUUUCGUGUCAUUCUUGCAAGAGCUCAAGGUUGUCUUUGGGUCUAAUUAUGGCAUAUCUGUGACACUACCUUCUUCGUACUGGUAUCUCCAAGGAUUUGACGUUGUCAGGAUGGAGCCAUAUGUCGACUGGUUCAACUUUAUGAGUUACGAUAUACAUGGAACGUGGGAUGGUAACAGUCCCUAUACUCAAGCCAUCGUUCAACCACACACCAAUCUCACGGAGAUCACUGAAGGGCUGGACCUGCUUUGGAGAAACAACAUUUCGCCUUCCAAGGUAGUUCUUGGGCUUGCCUUCUAUGGAAGGUCUUUCACCCUCUCUGACUCAAGCUGCAACACCCCAGGGUGUGCCUUCUCUGGCGGUGGUACCGCCGGGCCUUGUACCGGAACUUCAGGCAUUCUUUCGAAUGCCGAGAUCCAGGAUAUUAUCUCCGAGUAUGACUUGACUCCAACGCUGGAUAAGGAUGCAGCAGUGAAGUACAUGACCUGGGAGUCGGAUCAAUGGGUGUCAUACGAUGAUGAAGAAACUUUGGCGCUCAAGAAAGACUACGCAAAUAGCCACUGUCUGGGUGGCACAAUGGUCUGGGCCUUGGAUUUGGAUGACCCCAGCACUUCCACAUCUGUUUCCAACCUGCAGGCUACAGGUCUCAAGCUUACGGGAGACGAUGUGGACUCCAAUCCGACAUUCGCCUUGUCAAAGCUCUCAGCAAUCACUCAGCAGAACAAUAUUGGCCUUGUUUCGUACUGGACUGAUUGUUCAUCCGAUCCACAAUGCGCUGCUGGAUUUACAUUGGUGACCACCGGACACGGCAAGAUUUUCGACGCCGAUACCAUGGCUUACACUGGUGACGGAUGCCAUGGAGGAGGCAAAGGCUACAAUCGUGCUUUAUGCGUUGAAUCUGACGUGCAGCUGAAGGACUGUUCGUGGUUCGGGAAGCCGAAGGACUGCAAGCAGACGUGUCCUUCGGGAUAUGCCCUCAUUGGCCAGAACACGCACAUUGGCGGCGCAUCUACAUCCUGCAAGGCCGGUCAUUUCUCUAGCUAUUGUUGCGGAUCUGUGACAACAAGCGGCGUCCAAGAAUGCGAAUCAGACAUAAUUACCCCCUUCUCUAAUGGCAUCGGGAUCACUAUUCGUCAGUCCGACUCAUCCGUCGUGGAAAAGUACCAGGGCACCAGCGCCGAUGACGCCCUCGUAGGGACCUCUGAAGAGUGUGACUACAUGCUUUCGGGCCUGGCCGUUAUGAUAGGUUCCCCAAACUACAUCCUCAACGAGAUACCAGGCUCCUGGCAGACUUACAGAGGAUUGGGCGUUGCCGCCUGGUCUCCAGUCAUGAACUCAAACUAUCCAACCGCGUCUUCUAUCACUUGCACGACGACAACGACAGAUACGACAACCAUGUUCACUACAACCAGCUCAGCAAAGCAUGUUACAUGCGACGGCAAUCGUUACGCACAAGCCUGCGGACAUUACAGUUCUGUUGGAGUAAACAAUCCUUCGAAUCGCGAGUUGGUCUGCCCUUACGAUCAAUGGGGGGAGAAAAAGACAUUAUCUGUCAAGGCUUAUGAAGACUCGCACAUUAGAGCCUGGCUACUCUGGGUUCCAAAUCUACCUGCUGGAAUAUACAAUAAGUGUGCGCGAGACGAAUAUCCCCCGAAGCACUUUCUCGACUCAACCCAGACCAACUACAAUCAAUGGAUCCGAUUUUUGCCGUUCUGGGAAAACUCGGGCGCUGGGAACCUCUGGGUUGGCAUUUGCGGAAAUCCCGGUAGGAGCACCACAGUUCAAGGAGGCAGAAUUAGCGCUUUGACAUGUUACGAAACCAUGUCUGUCACCAUCACGCUGAACAAGAUGAGCAUGCAAUAUACCAAUCUCCCUUCCGACAACCUGGACAUCAACUCUUGCCUUCCCAUCAUCACGGAUGACUCUGGCUUUGCCCUGUUGCCCAAUGAUGUCUGGUACGGCGGCAACGCAAACAACCACCACGACUCAACGGCGUAUAAAAGCGCCAUCCCGUCCAGUCUGACUGCCGGAAAGACCGCGCCCCGUACAUCGCCGGCCAAGCGUGACGUGCAGUUGCAAAUGCUGGAGCAAAUCCUCCAGGAAGCAAGCGGGCACGGUGACCUGUUUGCUCCCGACGACAUUGAGGACUUUUCGCCCGACAAGGUGCUGAUUAACGACGGCGACGUGAGCCGAAAGGCGACGGGCAGAGAGCUGUGGGAGCGAUUGGGCAUCAUUGACUGCGAGUCGGCUGGUUGCCUCGAGGAAGCUGCGGCCAUGGACAUUGCCUUUGAAGAUGAGGAUGACGAGCUGUCAGUGGCGCAAACUCCCCCAGCCAUUCCAACGCGCGACCGGCCUGCCACGCCUACGGCGAUGAAAGCCGUUUCGGGAUCAAAGCCCACCGCCAUGGCCAAGGUGACGGGUGUAUAA